GCUUCCAGUCUUGUUGGCUCCGUUCCUCCAUGAACCAGUAGCCUCUGGGGUUUUCGGUCAGUGCCUUGGCUUGUGUUGGGGACGCAAUGGUGAAGGACGGCGGCGUGAAGAAGGUGGCGGUGGCGGCGCCGGCGCCGGCGCCGGAGGAAGCGACGCCAACCGGCCUGACCGCGACGCCGACCCUCACCGUGCAGCUGCUGGCACCGGAGGCGCGGGAGAAGUGCUACAAGAAGACGGUGGGGGAGGAGGCGACGUUCCUGGAGAUCGCCAAGGACUACUUCAACCAGUUCAAGGAGGUACCCGCGCAAAAGCACUGGAUCUGCUUCAAGAGCUACUUCGACCAGAAGCGCGGCUCGGUGUUCGGCAACCGCAAGCAGAAGAUCGACCCUGCGGUCAAGGAUGAGACUCCGGAGGUGGUGAAGCCCGCAGCAGCAGCAGUUGAAUCUCACUGAGGCUUUGUUCGGCAGUCACGGAUCAAAUCCCUUAGGCUACGUUCGAAGAUUUUAAUUCUCCAAGUGGAUCUAAUAGGGAUUGAAUAGAUCCCUCCCUUUCACUCAAUCACCUUUGGGGUUUAAUCCCCCUUUGGUCU